AUGACAACCAUACGAGCUGACAUGCAGCAGCUGCGCGCGUUCAUUGACGCUAAAAAGCGCGGUAUUGAGGAUGCGGAGAAGCGAUACGAUGUACAAACCGCUGUUUAUGAGUUGCGGAAUCUGGCUGCACCGUUGCAGAGCCUCGAGCAAUUUUCGCCAACAUGGAAGAGUCUCUAUAUUGACUUCUUCUAUCGCGAUGUUACAGCGUUCCUGCUGAGAUUUGUAACUGUUCACCUGGAAGCAUGCUUUUCAGAGCAGGAUCGAGAGCAGGCGUUUGACAUCUUCUUUGAUCGUGCGAUUGUUCCAUCUAGUAAAGCAAUUGGAGCUUUGGUGUCCACGCUUUCUGCCACAAAAAUAUCCGCACAUGCAGCAAAGGAAAGGGAAGAAGACGAUGUCGAGGCAACUACUGUUCAAUGCAUUCGACUCCUGGAAAAAGCUGUUAGCAUCGAUGGAGUACUGGACAUCGUGACCGAAAUGAUAAUGCAAGAACAGCAAUUGACGACGAGGAAUAGUCACAGUGUCAUUGGUCACCAGGUCCUUAUUUCACAACUCGCAUCACUACCGGAUCUCAUCUAUAAUCGACGUCAACGCAACACCCCAGCGGCAUUUUACCCGCAACGAUACUUUCCAAUGCUUUGCGAUUGCUUAUUCCUUUGCAAUUACAGUCAAGGUUCCCCAGGUAGCCAAUCCAACACCUUCCGAAUGUUUUUCGACAAAUUGACUCGAAUUGGGCAAGCACAAGCAUUAGUCCAGAGCUGGUUACGCUCUAUCGACACCAAUUUAAAGUGGGAAAUGUCUGCAUGCCUCUUCCAAAGCGUUCCAGAGUCAGCAUAUGAGCACCUUCUUUUACAUAUUGCAGAUGUAAAAACACCAAAUUCUCUAAGCGCGCAGCAAGCUUUGCGUCUAUCCAAGUACAGGCUUCUCGCACAUAUUCCCUCAGACGUGUGCUCGAACAAGCAUUUUCAGUAUGUCGUUGUCCACAAAUUGUUACUCCGAAAGCCAAUCAGCGAUUUCUUCUUUUGGCGCGUGCUGGCUGACAUAAUGACUAAAGGCGAAGAGUGUAUAACUUCGUCUGCACUAGCUGCCGUAUUCGAUUUGAUACUCACGCGGUGGAGCCAAAGUGACUUCGCCGUCUCCACUGAGUAUACUGUGAACGCCUCAGUGUGCUUCUUUCUGCGCUACAGUCUGCAAAAGCUCUCGGACAAUGGUAUGAUGAAAUCAUAUAUAAAACAAGACUGGAUCACGAAGCUUUGCAAGGGAAUUCAAGACCACAUGAGCCAUUCGCUUGAGCGCGUACGAGCAUUAGGCAUGCGUGUGGGUGAGAGUUUGUCGCACAUUAUUGCAUCCGAAAAGCCGUUAGACUUUGAAUUGGUGGAUCAAGACCCAUUAGCGGUAUAUGGAUGCCCCGUAUUAUAUGAACAGCCUGAAACGGGAUUAACUGAUCUCAAAGCAGACGAGCGCUUGAACCAAGAGGCAAAAUUGGACCAGAAUAGUUCUAGUCGACAGAAACAUUCUAAACAUCGAUCGGCGAAGCCAUAUACACUUGAUCCCGACGAAUUGGUGCUUAGUGAUGACGGUGAUGAGGAGAAUUCCUUACAGAGCGAUCGAGAAUCGGGAUCAUGUUUGAACGAUGCCGACUCCGACUCCGAUAUGAGCUUGGAAGCGUAUGAUUUGGAGGAUGACGAGGAAGACUUAACAGCCAAGCGACCGUUGUAUCUCAAAGAUUUGAUUGCUGGACUCUUGUCGGAUGAUAACCGCGAAAGAACAGAAGUGGCUUUGAACGAAGCCGAAGUCUUACUCCGUCGUACGCCGCGGGAUCUGAAAGACAAAGCGCACGACGUGGUCCGAGCAUUACUGCGGCUGGAGAACAAGUACAAAACACCACAGUUUGUCAAACUUAGGUUACAAGCUCUGGCAACAGCAUGCGCACUUGCCCCGACUCAAACACUUCCGUAUCUUUGUAGUCAGGCGCUGGAGCGUGAGCAACUGUUACAGUCCCGGAUUGAUGUACUCCAAGCAAUGAUCACGGCUGCUCAGGAACUAUCUCAAAGAGGAGGUGGUAAACAAUAUAGUAACGCUCCCAAGACGCUACUGCGAGAGCAAGUUGGGAACGACUUGGAGACACGAACGAUGCAAAGUCUGAAAACUCGUCGCUGGGGCUAUCGCCGCGAUCCAUUGGUCGCACCAACGAAAAAUGCAUUCGCGCCCUACGCAUUGCAAUUUUUCUCGCCGCUAUUAUUCGGGUACGUUCAAUAUAUGCAAAAGUUCUCGGACAAUUUUGGUAAGGCACGAAGUGAGAUUGAGCAAAUGUUUCUGGCGCACUUACUGCACGCUCUUGCAAACUUCGUCGAAUGCGCGGGACAUUCGACGCAAACGGUGGCAAUGGCAAAAUGCUUGCUUGAAUUUUCUUGGAGUGAAAGAUCUUGCUCUAGUGCCGAAGUCCGUCGUCAAGUGCUCUUCAGUAUCAGUCGUGUGUUGCUCGUUGUUUCGCCUACACUUUUGCAGCGGGAAGUAGGUGAUGUUCUCGUAGAGAUCGCUCCGUGGCUGCAUCAGGUGCAAAAUCAUGACCCGGACGCUGGUUGUCGUGAAGCAGCGCGGAUGCUCAAUACGUGCGUGAUUAUGCCAGAGGCUUCCAUUUCGCUCUCAUUUCUAUCCUAA